CCUAAACCUAGCCUCUGUCCCCUCCCUCCGUCCAAAGCUUACUCCCAGAACCCCAGUCCCGGCGGCGGCGGCGGCGCGAUGGGCUCUCAAGCUCCGGCAGCGAAAUCGAACGUAGUCCUCAUUCUGGACUACGGUUCUCAGUACACCCACCUCAUCACCCGCCGAAUCCGAAGCUUAUCGGUUUUCUCCCUCUGCAUCAACGGCACCUCCUCGCUGGAGACCAUCACCAAGCUUGAGCCGUCCGUCAUCAUCCUCUCCGGAGGCCCACACAGCGUCCACGCCGAUGGAGCUCCGUCAUUUCCGCCGGGAUUUAUCGAAUACGUCGAGUCUAGAGGCGUGUACUUGCUCGGAAUCUGUUACGGCCUACAGCUGAUUGUCCAGAAGCUCGGAGGCGUGGUGAAAUUCGGGGAGAAGCACGAGUAUGGGCGAAUGGAGAUUGAGGUUGUGAAGGGAGGAUCUGAGCUUUUUGGGAACAGGAGUGUUGGGGAUAGCCAGGUUGUUUGGAUGAGCCAUGGGGACGAGGCUGUCAAGUUGCCCGAUGGGUUCAAUGUUGUGGCUCGGAGUCACCAAGGGGCAGUGGCUGCUAUUGAGCACAGAGAAAGGAGGUUCUAUGGGUUGCAGUAUCAUCCUGAGGUGACUCAUUCCACCGAAGGUAUGGAAACAUUGAAACACUUCCUCUUCGAUGUUUGUGGAGUUACUGCAGGAUGGAAGAUGGAAGAUGUUCUGGAGGAAGAGAUAAAAAUUAUUAAGGACAUAGUAGGACUUGAAGAUCAUGUCAUUUGUGCACUAUCUGGAGGUGUUGACUCAACUGUAGCAGCUACAAUUGUACACAAGGCUAUUGGGGAUAGACUUCAUUGUGUGUUUGUUGACAAUGGUCUAUUGAGGUAUAAAGAGGGUGAGCGGGUCAUGGAUACAUUUCGAAGGGAUCUUCAUUUACCUGUUACUUGUGUUGAUGCAACAGAGCAAUUUCUAAGCAAACUGAAAGGUGUAGUGGACCCAGAAAUGAAAAGAAAAAUAAUCGGAAAGGAGUUCAUCUGCAUAUUUGAUCAGUUUGCUCAAGACUUGGAGAAGCAGUUGGGGAAAAAACCUACAUACUUGGUCCAAGGAACCUUGUACCCCGAUGUGAUAGAAUCGUGCCCCCCACCAGGCAGUGGAAGGACACACUCCCACACAAUUAAGAGCCAUCACAAUGUUGGAGGGCUUCCCAAGGACAUGAAGUUGAAGCUCAUUGAACCACUCAAACUCCUUUUCAAGGAUGAGGUUCGUGAAUUGGGAAAGAUUUUGAAUAUUCCUGUGGCUUUUCUGAAGCGCCAUCCUUUUCCGGGGCCUGGCCUUGCUGUACGGAUUCCAGGCGAUGUCACAGAAGGAAAUGCGUUAGAUAUUCUCCGCCAGGCGGAUGAGAUUUUCAUUCAAUCCAUUAAAGAAGCAGGGCUUUAUGAUGACAUCUGGCAAGCUUUUGCUGUGUUUUUGCCGGUGAAGACAGUUGGGGUUCAGGGAGAUCAAAGAACACAUUCUCAUGCCGUGGCACUUAGGGCAGUGACUAGCCAAGACGGAAUGACUGCAGACUGGUACAACUUCAACUUCAAGUUCCUAGACGAAGUGUCAAGAAAGAUUUGCAAUGGCGUUCGGGGAGUCAACCGAGUCCUUCUAGACAUCACUUCCAAGCCUCCAUCAACAAUCGAGUGGGAAUGAUUCUUUCAUUGUGAUGCAUUUGAUCGGGUCGGUGCAACUAGUAGAGGUUUUGAAGUAUGGUUUUCUAGUCAAUGGUCUUUUAGUUAUAGCCAGCAUUUUAGUGCUAGAGGGGUUAUCCCAUGGUGUGCAUCAUUUAUGUGAAAUUACCAUGUUAUAUUUUUAGUAGUAUAUUAGUGGGAGGGUAUAUGUGGAAUUUCAUAGAGAUGGUGUCUACCAUGAGGAGCCUCUUUUUUUUGAAGUGUUAUCUUGAACGUUUAAUGUUUGCAAUAGAAUUUUUUUCAUAGU